UUAGCACCCGUUUCUAAAUGUCCAGGGCCUACAAAUGGAAAUAACUAGUGAGACGGGUUCUCAAUCUCAAAAUGAAUUCAGGUUAUCAACAUACAUAAACCUCUUUUGCAUAAUUUAUGCCACAAUAAAGUAAUACUCGCUAUGAGCACACAUAAGCCCCGCCUCUUCUUCUUAACUUUGUUAACCGCGGAGGACACGCACCAGAUCACUUGCAGCAUCUCAAAGGAUAUGACUGGAAUAUACGCUGAGAGAAUGAAUGCUAACGUCGUGGUACUCGGCACUGAUAAUGUUGGAAAAUCUGCACUCACUGUCCGAUUCCUGACUCGUAGAUUCAUCGGAGAAUAUGGAGAUAUUGGUAAGUUCCCCCUUCAUUUUGACUGCUUUAUCAGUUUAGAAAAUGACAUUUUGUUGGAACUGUUUUUCCCCCCUACAGAAUCCAUUUACAGUCACAAUGUUGUUGUGGAUGGACGAGAGCAAACUCUAAAUAUAUGGGAUGCACCAUAUUCACAGUCACAGCAGGACCUGUUUUCUGAAUCCUUGAUGUGUGAAAAAAGAGUCCAGUGGGCAGAUGGUUUUGUGCUGGUCUACAGCAUCUGUGACCGAGCCAGUUUCAACGCUGUCACCAGACUCAUCCAAACAAUUAAAACCUCCAAGGACUUUCUGGGCUUUGAGAAGAUGCCCAUAGUUAUCGUGGGAAACAAGAGGGAUCUGCACCAUCGCCGUACGGUCCUUAGUGAGGAGGGCAGGCUGCUUGCACUCUCCGCAGACUGUCAAUUCUAUGAGGUCUCAGCUGCGGAGAAUUACCACAGUGUCCUCAUGGUUUUCCAUGGGCUUGUGAACCGCAUCAGGGAGUCCAGGGUGUCUGUGAAAAGGUUAACAGGCAUCAAGGGCAUUGUGAAGAGCAUGUCUGCAGUGUUCGCCCGCAGGAGAACAGAUUCACUGUGAAGCUAGUGGGAGCUCUGGAAAUAAAGCUUUAAGUGGUUUGAUAUGACCCAUUUUUGAUGCCAAAGAGGGACAUGUUGUGCUUAGCCCAUUGCUGGGGCUUGCACAAGAGUCCCUGAUAUCUCUUAUGUCUACAGCUGGAGCGGAGUGGGGCACUAACAGAAGAGAUUGUCCAAGCGUGUCUGCCAAGGUGGUGGCCUCUUUCUGAGAACAUGCAUUCUCGAUAAAGUGGUAUAAUUGUGGCAAAACACUAACCAGCAGAUUAUGUCAAUCAAAAGUGGAGUGAAUAUUUCAUUGUAAAAUGUGAAAUAUGUUCUUUAAACUCCUUUGCCUGCUCUUAGCAGAACAUGUUGCAUUGCUUUUGCAUAUAAACAUUAGUGGUGCUGGCAAAAGGCUGGUGAACACUAGUGAUUACGGCAGUGGGAAUUUUUCGUGAGUCAGUGCUAAGCUGCUGAUGUGCUGUGGUCUAAAAAUAUUAGCAGAAGCAAGGCAACAUUGUCGUCUGCUACAUUUAUCAAAUAUAGCAAGUCUGCCACACUAGAGGUAUCAUCAUUCAAGGAGCUGUCAUAUAAUAGGUUCAAGGCCAUCUUGCAGUUACAUAACAAUGGACUACAUAACAUAUGAACACAGUAUGCAUUUUUCAUAGCUUCCUUUUCAAGGCUGUGUAAGGGCUUUUUGAAGAAUACUCUCGUGUUGAUUUCUAAACCACACAAUGUCAAUAUAAAGCCAAUAACCCCAAUGACUUCCCAUGAGUGCCAUUUUACAGAAAAAUUUUCAGUCAGCCAUCAUCAGUCAAUGAGUAUGCUAUUUGUAACAAAUGGAGCAUAUAGUUACUAUCAAAAUUGGCAGUGAAAAAGUAUGUUGACUUGAGAAAGAUAAAAAAAAUGGAAGUAUAAAGUGAAACUAAUUCAGUGAAUUAUUGGUGUACAGAUGUUUUGACAGUUUCUAUAAAUGUGUAAUUUGCAAACAAUCUGAAUGAAAGAAAAAAAUCAUAAAUGCAUACAGUAUAUUUAUAGAUCAUGUACAGUUAUCACAAGUAUGUAUGGUUUUUAUUGAUAAAACUGUUUUAUUAAUGCAUAGCCUUGAUGAUAAUAUUGUUUAUACUUAUUAAAAAAAAUUAAACAUCAGUGCUUGA